AGCAGUGAGCAUCUGUAUAUGAUGAAGAGUUUUCAGCUUUCUUAUUUCCAACUCCUGUAUCUUCUAACAGCAGCAUUAUUAGAAUGUAAAGCUGAAACAAAGAGACCCUGCAAGCAGGUUCAUCAGUUGAACAUAAGCCAUUUACUUGGUGACAGCAUGUAUAUUUCUUGCCAAACAACAACCCACCCGCUGGAUUCUCUGACAGUCAAACUACGCAGUAUCAACCAAGAUAAAGUCAUCCUGAUGUCUCCAGACAUCUCUCCAGCAUCAGAGCACCAGAGAUGGUCUGUGAGGAAUGAUGCUGGAAAUGUUACACUUGAUCUGAAAGACAUCAGAUCAUCCGAUAGUGGUCUUUAUGACUGUCAGGUCUACAAGGAUCAGGACUGCCUUCAUACAACUCGAUUUAACCUGAGUAUUAUAAAGUGUAAAACUUUGAACUCUGUCCAUGCAAUGAUAAACUCUUCAGUGUUGCUGCCAUGCUCUGAACAUCCUCUACAAAACAGAACUGAACCAGUCACUUGGAAAGUUGUUAAUGGUCACCAAUCAACAGAUGUAACCCAGUAUCGUGCUCCUUUCAAGCCCUCAAGCAGCACAGAGAAACCCCCGGACCCCCUAGGAAGAAACAGUUUUGGCCAUCCUGGGGCCUGUUGCAAUGGAAGGAUCCUUGGAGAUAUAGAUAUGUGCAUCAACCAGGCCUUUGCCUUCAAAGUCCAGGCCUCCAACAUCAGGCCCUCUCCAUUCUGGCCCUUCAACAUCAGGCUUCACAUCUUAAGAGGGCAAUAA